AAUAAUGGGAGGAGCUUUUGGAAAAAGGAAAGUUUAAGUAUUGGUAGUCGGUUUGGAUAAUUCUGGGAAAACAAGUAUCAUAAAUGCUCUGAAAAAUGAGAAAAAUGCAACAGUGGCACCCACAGUUGGUUUUAAUAAGGAUUCUGUAGAGAAAUUUAACUUGAACUUUUAAUUCUCUGAUAUGAGUGGGCAGAAUUAAUAUAGAGGGAUGUGGGAAUAGUACGCAACAAAAGUAUUAGAAGAUUGAUAUAGAUAGAUUGAUGGUCUUAUUUUUGUAAUAGAUUCAUCUGAUAAAAUCCGAUUUGGCAUAGCCCUUGAUGAAUUCAAAUUGCUGUUGGAGACUCCAGGAUUCAGUAAAGACCUGCCGAUUCUUGUGUAUGCUAAUAAAUAGGAUUCUCCAGAUGCACAAAAUCCAUAAUUUUUUAUUGAUUAUUUGGAAUUGAAGUAGUACAAGAAUCCUUCUUAAUGCUUUGGAGGAAGUGCUAAGACUGGAGUUGGUUUGGAUUAAGGUCUCGAGUGGUUAAGUGCGAAGAUUUAGCAGGUCAAACCAAAAUGA